UACACACUCAUCUUUUUAGCUCCGGCUCUUCUUUUUUUCAUCCACACCUCUCUCUUUCUAUCUCUACCAAUAAUCAAGAACGCACACACCAGUUUGUGUUUGUGUGUGUGAUUGAGCAACAAAGCAUGAACUGAUGAUAUAAUACUUAGAAGGUCUGCUUCAGUUUCUUCCAGAAACCCAAACAUUGUCUGUUGGGUUAAUGCCAAAUUAAAGAAAACACCAUAUGGAGCAGUUGAGAUUUCAAGAAGUAAACUAUAGUUCAAACAAAAACUAACCUUUUUCUUGAUUCCACUUCUUCUUUAUUAGCUUCUUUCCAAGUUUAAUUCUUCUUUUGUCUUCUUCAUCUUUGCCUUUUAAGUUUUCAUGAUGAUGCAACAUACAUAGAUACACUCAUAUUAUAUAUAUAAAUACACUUACACAUAUCGACACCUAGAGAGAGAGAGAAAGAGAGAGUGAGUGAGAGACAAGAUGAUGAUGAAACAGCAGAAGGUGAUUUUGGAAGAUAAUUUGAGUUCUGCAUCGAGUGAUCUUUAUGCAAAUACUGUUAAUUCUUGUUCAGAGAAUAAAGGUCAAGAAAAUGGAAGCAAUUAUCAUCCAAAUCAACAGCAGUACUUUGCACAUCCACCUCCAAGUCAAAGUCAACCACUACUCAAGAAAAAAAGAAGUCUUCCAGGCAACCCAGAUCCAGAAGCAGAAGUGAUAUCUUUAUCACCGAAGACAUUAAUGGCGACGAAUCGAUUUGUGUGCGAGAUAUGUAACAAAGGGUUUCAAAGAGAUCAGAAUCUACAACUUCACAGAAGAGGACACAAUCUGCCAUGGAAGUUGAAGCAGAGGAACAAGAAUGAAGUUGUGAGGAAGAAAGUGUAUGUGUGUCCAGAAGUGAAUUGUGUGCACCAUGAACCAUCUAGGGCUCUAGGCGAUUUGACUGGGAUCAAGAAACACUUUAGCAGAAAACAUGGUGAAAAGAAGUGGAAAUGUGAUAAAUGUUCAAAGAGGUACGCAGUUCAAUCCGAUUGGAAAGCUCAUUCCAAGACUUGUGGCACCAGAGAGUACAGAUGCGACUGUGGUACCCUUUUUUCUAGGAGGGAUAGUUUCAUCACACAUAGAGCUUUCUGUGAUGCACUAGCAGAAGAAAGUGCACGAGCAAUCACUGGAAUAGACCCAUCCAUUCCGGGUCAAAUCCCGACCCGAUUCAACGAUCUUCAUCUUCUUAACCCGAUUCACAACACCUUUUUGAAAAAAGAAGAACACCCAUUUCCAUGGCUACAAACCCAACCCCAAUCCCAAGAAAAAGAUUGUAGCCCUAGCAGUAUUAGUCAUGGUGGCAGUGGGCCCAACCUGACAGCCUACCAUCCAGCACCAUCUGCGUACAUGUCAGCUACUGCAUUGCUGCAAAAAGCAGCUCAGAUGGGUACAAGUCACCUAAGCAACAGGAGUACAAGUAUACAAGCUCAAUGUACAACCUCUACAUCAAUGUUGAAACCCCACCACCAACACCAACACCACCACCAGCAAUACCGAGCUCACGUGUCUACUAACUCUGCAACUAUUGGUAACAACAAUGGUUGUACAAGUGCUUCAACUGGACUACUUAUGUCUUCCCUUGACCCUGAAGAGAUGAUGGCGUUAGCUUCUUUCGGAAAUGUUAAAGAUGGUGCAUGUGCAGGUGGACCCUCACCCUCACCUUCAACUUCACCUUCACCCCACCCAACCCCACCUCUACCCCUACCCCUACCCCAUCAUCCUCAUACAUCACCAUCUUUUCUUCAUCCCAUGAACAUGAGCAUGAAUAUGAGCAUGAGCAUGAUGAUGAAUCCUGAUGGAUUUGCCGAUGUGUCGACGUUUGAGGAUGCGUUUAGUCAAAUCAUGGAUGCAAAGAAAGAAGAUCAUGAUCAUGAUCGUGAUUUGCAUGGAGAUCUAGUUGAAAGUCAUCCUUCGGAUUCAUCCAAACUGCAUCAUGGUCAAAUGAUGGCGAUGAAUGAUGCUAAGAGUAAUGGCAAUGGUGGUAAUAUUGGAGGUGGAGUUAUGGGCAAUGAGGGGAUGACAAGAGAUUUCUUGGGGCUGAAAGCUCCCUCCCAUGGCCAUGGUGGUAUUCUUAAGCAUAAACCAAACCCCUAAACCAUGGCAUGCAUGCAAGGUAAUUAAUGGAUUAAUUUAUCAAAUUAGGGUUUUGCCCUUUUCUUAGUUACUUUUUCAUGUCUUUUUUUGUUACUGUAAUACAAAAGUAAAGAAGCUUUUGAGUCCCUAA